AUGGCUGAGGAAAAUGACGCAUUCUAUGUUGUUAAAAAAGGGAAUCUUGUUGGCAUUUACAAGUCUUUAACUGAUAUCCAACCUUUACUUUCAUCUUCUGUUUGUGGUGAGAGUGUAAGGGUUUAUAAAGGGUUUUCUUUGCCCGAAGAAACUGAGGAGUAUCUUGUCUCACAUGGGCUUAAAGGAGCUACUUACUCUAUCAGUGCUGCUAAUGUAAAUGCUGCUAGUUUUGGAAAACUUGUGGCUUGUCCUUAUCAGGAUCCAUAUUCUUCUAGAGGAGGAGCUGUUGUGGUCAAUUCCUCAUCAAAGAGCUUGCAAGGUGCAUUUCAAGUUGAUGAUAGUAAUCCUAAUUCUAAUGGAGGAAGAACAAUUAUGCCGAAUUCCUCGUCACAAAAUUGUACCAAGCAACUUGAUACUUAUAAGGGAGGUGGAUCAUUUUCAUUUUCAACAAAUGUGCAAAGGAAGCAUUGUAUAAGUGGAUUACAACUACAAACAGAGUUGUCUACUAAUACUUGCAUUUCUUGUACACUUAACUUUGAUGGCGCAUCUAAAGGGAAUCCUGGACUUGCCGGCGCGGGAGCAAUUUUGAGAGCAGAUGAUGGAAACAAGGUCUAUCGUUUGCGUGAAGGAGUUGGUACUGCUACGAGUAACGUUGCCGAAUACAGAGCCUUGAUUUUAGGACUAAAAAAAGCUCUCAAAAAAGGAUAUAAGCAUAUCUGUGUUAAAGGAGACUCCCUACUUGUUUGUAAUCAGAUUCAAGGUUUAUGGAAAGUAAAAAACCCGAAUAUGAGUUAUUUAUGCAAUGAGGCCAAAGAGUAUAAGAAUAAGUUUCUGUCCUUCAAGAUAAAUCAUAUUCCAAGGGAAUAUAACCGUGAUGCUGAUACUCAAGCAAACUGCGCCGUUAAUCUUAAAGAUGGUGAAAUUGAAGAAUACUGUGAGAUAGAAUAA